AUGCAAGCAGUAUGGAGUAAUCAGAAGGCUAACAACAGUAGAGAAACUGCAUACAAGUCAAAAUCCAUGGCUCUACUGAUGAUCAAUGAUGAUGAAGCUGAAAAAAUGAGGAGCCUAAAUGACUAUAGAUUGAAGCUAAUAAGGACACAUCCAACCUCAAUAGUUAUGUUUAAAAGAGCUGAGGGUGUAUUUCAGGCCAUAAGGGUAAUUUCAGUUGAUGGUUGCUGGUUGAAGGGGUUAUAUGGAGCUGUGGGUAUUGAUGCCAAUGACUGCACCUAUCUUAUAGUAUGGUAUGUUGUAGACAGAGAGACUAAGGAGAACUGGAUGUGGUCUCUUGGCCUACUAGCAGAUGACCUGCAAAUAUGCAACAUCUAUAAAUGGUGUUUCAUGAGUGAUAGGCAAAAGAAUUUGAUACCUGUCAUUGAAACUGUGUUCCCUCAUGCUGAGCAUCGUUUUUGUGUUAGAUAUAUCCUUACAAACUUUAGGAAAAGGUUUAAGGGAAAGGCUCUUAAGGAUGCACUUUGGGCUUGUGCUAGAGCAACCUAUGAUGUUGCAUUUCAAAAAUGUUUAACAAUUGUUAAGGACAUCAACAUAGGCAAAUCAGUUGGUAUUAAAGAGAACAAUUUGAUGGAGGUGAUACCUAUCAAGUGUUUGGUAAUGAUGGAAGUUUGUGGUAGACAAGAAAGAGAUGACAUGUGCUUGUGGGAGAUGGAAGUUGACAGGAUCUAUAACCAUCUUCUAAGCCCUAAUAAUGGAAAAGAAUUGUGGCCAAAGAGUCUUGAUCCACCUAUAACACCUUCUGCCCUAGUUAACUUUAGGAGAGGGAGGAUACAACUUCUUGUAAGAUUGGAAGAAGAUGAACAAGAAAGGUUGCAAAGUGGUAUGACUAGGAAGGGUCAAGUGAGUAGGAGGGGUCAAGUGAAGACAUGCUCAAGGUGUGGUAAAAUAGGGUACAACAAGAGGAAAUGUGUAUAUGUACCUUUACAGCAUGAUGCUCCUAAUGAAGCUGAUGUUGGAUCUGGGACUCAGCCUACUCCUCCUCAUGUUGAUGUUGCUGGAUCUGGGACUCAACCUGCUCCUCAUGAAGCUGGAUCUAGGAUUCAGCCUGCUCCUCCUCAUGAACCUGCUGCUUCUCAUGAACCUGCUGCUCCUCAUGAAGCUAGAUUUGGACUCAUGAAGAUGGAUCUGGACAGCCAAGCACAUUUGUUGAACUGGAUCCUGAACUUGAUGUUCCAUUGGAUGUUAUAG